CGCCCCGCGGCGCCCCGGCGGCGGAGCCAAGAUGGCGGCGGUGGUUCAGAAUGUGGUCAAGCUGCUGGGCGAGCAGUACUACCGCGACGCCAUGGAGCAGUGCCACAGCUACAACGCGCGGCUCUGCGCCGAGCGCAGCGUGCGCCUGCCCUUCCUGGACUCGCAGACCGGCGUGGCCCAGAGCAACUGCUACAUCUGGAUGGAGAAACGGCACCGCGGGCCCGGUUUGGCAGCCGGGCAGCUCUACUCGUACCCGGCGCGGCGCUGGCGCAAGAAACGCCGCGCCCACCCCCCCGAGGACCCCCGGCUCUCCUUCCCCUCCAUCAAACCCGACGCGGAGCAGGCUCUGAAGAAGGAGGCGCUGCUGGCGCAGGACGGCAGCAGCCUGGAGGCGCUGCUCAGGACGGACGCGCUGGACAAGCGGCCGCUGCCCGACCCCCGCAUGGACGACGACAGCCUGGGCGAGUUCCCGGUCAGCAACAGCCGCGCCAGGAAGCGGAUCCUGGAGCCGGACGAUUUCCUGGACGAUUUGGACGACGAGGAUUACGAGGAGGACACGCCCAAGAGGAGGGGGAAGGGCAAGGCCAAGGGAAAGGGCGUGGGGGGCGCCAGGAAGAAGCUGGACGCCGCCAUCCUGGAGGACAGGGACAAGCCCUACGCCUGUGACAUCUGCGGGAAGCGCUACAAGAACCGCCCGGGGCUCAGCUACCACUACGCGCACUCGCACCUGGCCGAGGAGGAGGGCGACGACAAGGACGACUCGCAGCCGCCCACGCCCGUGUCCCAGCGCUCCGAGGAGCAGAAAUCCAAGAAGGGCCCGGAUGGGCUGGCCCUGCCCAACAACUACUGCGACUUCUGCCUGGGAGACUCCAAGAUCAACAAGAAAACGGGGCAGCCCGAGGAGCUGGUGUCCUGCUCCGACUGCGGCCGCUCCGGCCACCCCUCCUGCCUGCAGUUCACCCCGGUGAUGAUGGCAGCAGUCAAGACGUACCGCUGGCAGUGCAUCGAGUGCAAGUGCUGCAACAUCUGCGGCACCUCCGAGAACGACGACCAGCUGCUGUUCUGUGAUGACUGUGACCGUGGGUACCACAUGUACUGCCUGAGCCCCCCCAUGGCUGAGCCCCCCGAGGGGAGCUGGAGCUGCCACCUCUGCCUGGACCUGCUCAAGGAGAAGGCGUCGAUUUACCAGAACCAGAACAGCUCCUGAUCCUGAUCUGAUCCUGAUCCUGAUCCUGGUCCUGAUCCUGGUCCUGAUCCUGGUCCUGAUCCUGAUCCUGAUCCUGAUCUGAUCCUGAUCCUGAUCCUGAUCCUGAUUUCAUCCUCAUCCUGAUCCUGAUCCUGAUUUCAUCCUCAUCCUGAUCCUGAUCCUGAUUUCAUCCUCAUCCUGGUCCUGGUCCUGAUCCUGAUCCUCCUGGUCCUGGUCCUGAUCCUGAUCCUGAUCUCUUCCUGAUCCUGGUCCUGGUCCUGGUCCUGGUCCUGAUCCUGAUCUGGUCCUGAUCCUGAUCCUGAUCCUGAUCUCAUCCUGAUCCUGAUCCUGGUCCUGAUCUCAUCCUGAUCCUGGUCCUGAUCCUCGUCCUUAUCUUCAUCCUGAUCUGAUCCUGAUCUGAUCCUCAUCCUGGUCCUGGUCCUGAUCCUGAUCCUGAUCUGAUCCUGAUCCUGGUCCUGAUCCUGAUUUCAUCCUGAUCUGAUCCUGAUCUGAUCCUCAUCCUGGUCCUGGUCCUGAUCCUGAUCCUGAUCCUGAUCCUGAUCCUGAUCUGAUCCUGAUCCUGAUCCUGAUCCUGAUCCUGAUCUGAUCCUGAUCCUGAUCUGAUCCUGAUCCUGAUCCUGAUCCUGAUCCUGAUCUGAUCUCAUCCUCAUCCUGGUCCUGAUCCUGAUCUGAUCUGAUCCUGAUCCUGAUCCUGAUCUCAUCCUGAUCCUGGUCCUGAUCCUGAUCUGAUCCUGAUCCUGAUCCUGAUUUCAUCCUCAUCCUGAUCCUGAUCCUGGUCCUGAUCUGAUCCUGAUCCUGAUCCUGAUCCUGAUCUGAUCCUGAUCCUGAUCCUGAUCCUGGUCCUGGUCCUGAUCCUGAUCCUGAUCCUGAUCCUGAUCUGAUCCUGGUCCUGAUCCUGAUCCUGGUCCUGAUUUCAUCCUGGUCGUGAUCCUGAUCUGAUCUCAUCCUCAUCCUCAUCCUGGUCCUGAUCCUGAUCCUGAUCUGGUCCUGAUCUCAUCCUGGUCCUGGUCCUGAUCCUUGUCUGAUCCUGAUCCUGAUCCUGCCCUUCCUCCUCCUCCUCCUCCUCCUCCUCCCUCCGAGCCUCUGGGGCCUUCAUCCCCUUUCCUGGGUCAUUUCCCCCCUUUUUUGUGGUUUUGUUUUUUUUUUUUCCCCUUUUAUUUCCUUUAUUUUCCCUUUUUUGGGGGGUUUCUUUUUCUUUUAUUUCCUGAUUUUUUAAUAUUUUUUUUAUCCUCUCAUUCCCUUCCCCCCUCCCCAUUUCCCUUUUCCCCCUUCUUUUUUUUUUUUUUUUUUUUUUAAUAUUUUCCAUUCCCUUCAUUAUUUUUUUUCCUCCCUUUUCCCAAUUUUUGCUUCUUUUUCCCCUCAAUUUUUUCCCCUCCUGACAUUUUUGGGGGUGACAUUUUUGGGGUGACUUUCAUCCCUUCCCUCCCCAAUUCCCAGAAUUUCAUCCCAAAACUGCCCCCCCCCCUCCUGGCACUGCAGGUGCCAAAUUUCCCUUUUUUGGGGAAUUCCAGGGUGAUUUUGGGG